CUGGGGACGAUCGCGGCGAAGCCAGUGCCCCGGACCGCAGUCGUGACAGUGUUCCCUUAUUCCAGCCCGGGGAGGGACCCCCCUGUAGGGCAGAGACGGACCCUCCGGGAUGCCGCGUAGCUACAGGAGCCUGUGUCGACGUAGAGGUUCGAUUGCAGGUUUGGGGGUGAAAACGAGGAGUCUUAACGCUCUUAUUUCAACUUUUAAGGCCGCGUCUGAUGAGAAAUGGAAAUCUGGCUCAAAGUCAUCUUUCCUGUUGUUGACAUCACCUGAAAACUCCACUGGAAAUAUUUCCACUAGUUUGCUGCAAACAUCGCUCCCCCCGAGGUCUCAACACCUUGAGCAGUGUACAGAGACUUGCUGUUGUUGACAACUCUGGAAGGAUUGAAGCUGGCAUCCCAAUAGUCCUUCUCCAGAGGCUGGCUUGCAAGACACAGCUAUAAAAUGUUCAUCAGAAAAAACUGAACUGUAGAUCUUUAAGAGUCCAAUGGGUGGCAUAGCAAUAGCAUCACUGUCCAGGGAGCUGGAAUCCUUCCUCGCCUGCCUGCAUGCUGCUUGAACUGAUCCCAAGCCUUUGUUUUUGGACUGAAGAAACCUGAAAACCUUUCUCUCCUAAUUCAUGAGCCAGCAGGAUGUGGUCGCCGUGCUUUCAGAACGCCUGCUUGUAGCCGCCUACAAAGGCCAAGUGGAGAAUGUGGUGCAGCUUAUCAACAGGGGUGCCAAGGUAGCAGUUACCAAGCAUGGCCGGACCCCACUGCAUCUUGCUGCCUACAAGGGUCAUCUCCAUGUGGUCCAGGUUUUGUUGAAGGCAGGUUGUGAUCUGGAUAUUCAGGAUGAUGGUGACCAGACAGCACUGCACCGGGCUGCUGUUGUAGGGAACACAGAUGUAAUAGCAACUCUGAUUCAAGAGGGCUGUGCUUUGGACAGACAAGACAAGGAUGGGAACACUGCUCUUCAUGAAGCUUGUUGGCAUGGAUUCAGUCAGUCUGCCAAAGUGCUUGUUAAAGCAGGAGCCAACGUUCUUGCCAAGAACAAGGCAGGUAACACACCUCUUCACCUGGCUUGCCAGAAUAGCCAUUCCCAGAGUACUCGUGUUUUGUUACUUGGAGGAUCUCGAGCAGACCUCAAAAAUAAUGCAGGAGAUACCUGUCUGCAUGUGGCUGCUCGUUAUAAUCACUUGCCCAUCAUUAGGGUGCUGCUCAGUGCUUUCUGUUCUGUCCAUGAAAAGAACCAGGCAGGGGAUACUGCACUCCAUGUAGCUGCUGCUCUAAAUCACAAGAAGGUGGUGAAGCUCUUGCUGGAAGCAGGGGCUGAUGCAUCUGUUGUCAACAAUGCAGGCCAGACCCCGCUAGAGGUUGCCAGGCAGCACAAUAACCCCGAGGUUGCGCUCCUGCUCACUAAAGCAUCACAGGCCUCGCGUUUUAACCGUGGGAGAAGCCUGAGGAAGAAGAGAGAGAGACUGAAGGAGGAAAGGAGGGCUCAGUCGGUGCCACGGGAUGAAGUGGUACAGAGCAAGCAGGGCAGUGUCUCAGCUGCUGAUGACACACCAAGCAGCGACCAGCCCCCAGAGAGGAAGAACAAUCUGAAGGAUAAACCCCGGUCAGCCUCACCAGAUCCCAAAGGAAAAAAGAGCAAAAAGAAAAAGCCAAAGGAAAAGGUUUCAGCACUCUCGGACCCCAUCUCCCCAGCUGAUCAGCAGACACUCCCCCAGCCCCAGAAGAACGUGCCUAAGCGCAGAAGUAAACACCACUGCUCUUCUCCACCCCCUCCCCACGAGGUCCGAGCCUACCAGCUCUACACGCUCUACCGAGGAAAGGACGGGAAGGUGAUGCAGGCACCCAUAAAUGGAUGUCGUUGUGAGCCCCUGAUAAAUAAACUGGAGAAUCAGCUGGAGGCAACAGUGGAAGAGAUAAAAGCUGAACUUGGGACAGUACAAGAUAAAAUGAAUAUUAAGCUGGGCCAGAUGGAAAGCAAAACUCAACAUCAACUCCGAGUUUUGGACAAGCUCAUGGCCGAGCGACUGUCGGCAGAGAGGACAGAGUGCCUUCACCGCCUGCAGCAGCACACGGAGCUGGAAAAGAGUGAGGGGGCGAAGCGGCAGAUUUCCUUGGUUGAUGAGCUGAAGACCUGGUGCUUGUUGAAGAUUCAGAAUCUGGAGCUCAAGCUUUCUGGCGAUUCCAGGUCAUCAAGACCAAAAUCAACUUUGUCCACUUGCGAGUCUCUCACUGAGACCCUGGAUACUGACAACAACCCCAACAGUGCCAAGGACUGUAAAGCCAACCAGCCUGUGCUGCAGUCAGAGGGCUCCCACCAGCAUUCCUAUAUCACACUUCCAAAUAGCCUCUUGGAAGAUGGGGGAAGGAGCAGAGUCCAAAUGCCAGAACAAAGCUUUGGGCAACACUUUUGCAUUAAACAAGAUGGAGCAUUGGGUACAACCACAUCAGGUACAGAGCAACAGGUAGUGGCUGGUGGACCAGUUUCUUCGUCUGCCCCUGCUCAAGAUGUCAGGCCAAAGGACAAAGCUGUGAGUGCCAGCACGUUCCACAGGUUCCAGCAGGAUCUGCCCUGCUCUGAGCUUUCGGGCUCCAAAUUAAGACAUGUUAAAGUUCAAGCUGCUUUGCAGCCAGGGACUGAACCUGCAAAGACUGAACCACAGAGCAGCUGCUUCAUUGACAAAGGAACUCAGACAAAAAGGUCCAGCAAAAGUGGGCAGUCGCGGCACAAAGUUCUGCACCACACCGGGGCACAGCAGGGCCAGGAGCAGCAGCCCUCAGCCCCGCCUGCCCCUCCGCUCAGAGACACCUCCCAGGCCCUGGAGAUAACCCAGUACUUCUUCGAGGCCGUUUCCACGCAGAUGGAGAAGUGGUACGAGCGGAAGAUAGAAGAAGCCCGGUGCCAAGCAAACCAGAGAGCGCAGCAGGACAAAGCUGCGCUCAAGGAGCACAUCAAAUGCUUAGAAGAGGAGCUGAGCAAAUUAAGAACUAAAGUGCAGAAAGAGAGCUAGCACCUGCCAGGCAGCUAACCGAGCAAUAGGACUCAUUGUGGAACCUGCUGUAUGGGAAUUUGGAAUAUUAAUAGAUAUUUGUAGUGCCUGUUUCAUCCAAACACAAUACUCUAUUUCAGGAGUAGAAAUAACUUUGGAAACUCCAUAACUGAGGAGAGUUCAUAUGCAAACUAUAUUGAUAACAAAAAAAAUGCUGCAGAUUAGAUCCUUUCUUUGUUAUUUCCAUGAGUCUGUCAAUAUUGCACUCUCAGUUUCCAGAUGCUGCUUGAAACCAAACUGCAUUAGUAACCAAAACUGUUUUCUGAAAAGGGAAUUCCCUUACUUACACACAGGACAGAUUAGAGGGUUCUACUGUAUGCCACAUGUAAACAUGUAGUGUUACCAGUACUGAAAUAAAUCCAGGAUAUUUGAAAGUUUUUGACAAAUUUUGACUAAUUACUUAGUGAUGAAGGGCUAUUGAUCCUAUUUUUAGCUACUCCCAGGGCGUCUCUCUCAUCAGUGGAGAGAAGCUAAUGAACCCACUCUAGUUACAAGCCCAGGUAGCUGACAGAUGCAGGCUUCCAGCUGGGAGAGGGCAGGCAACCAUGAAGGGAGGUACUAAGGCAAAUCAUCCUAUUAGAUACAGAGGCUUCAGCUACCACUUUGCUUUUCUCUUGGUUUUCCAUUAUUAAAACAAGUGCUAAAUCUGAUUUGUCUUUUUUUUUUUUUUUUUUUUUUUUAAUGGUGUCCUGUUUGCAGAGCUCCUUGCAGUUACAGUGUUGUUGGGGCUCUACUCCAGUAAUCUGACUGAGAACUUUUGUUUUGGGUAUGGAUGGCAAGUAUUUUACUGUAACCGUGGUCUAUUCUUUAGGUUGAAUGUUUAUAUAAAUAUUUUUUCCUUCAAGCAGGAAAUGGCUAAAUGGUCUACUAUUGAAGAAGCUUGAAAAAGUCCUUUAUCUAAGGAAGUGAAAGCUUGGCUCCCUGUAUUCAAAUUUUAUUUUUCUGCAGUCAGGAUUUUUGCCCAGAUUGUCUACCUUUUUUCCUCUGAAUGAUUCCUCCUCUGUUUUUGCCCUUAUGUCUCUAAGAAGGAGACCAGGCCCUGGUAAGUCUACAGGUUUUAGGACAAACAGUCCCACAAAACAGCACUCAACAUUUUAAAGUUUUAUCAUUUUGUUUUGUUGUAAAAUCUUUCAUUGACCAAUGUUGUCCAUGCUGACAGACUCCAUAUAAUCUCAAGGCACUAUAACUAUUGCCUCUGCACCCCUUUAGGGUUUCCUCCUUACACGUCUGAUAAGGGUCCAUCAGAUUCUGCUAGAAAUGGAAGUUUACUCACCAGAUCAUAAUACAACAACUGUUCAAAAUCAGUUCCAACACAGGAUGGUACUGUUAUGCCAAGGAGAAAAAUACUUUUUUUCUGUACUAAGGAGCUCUGAAAUCAAUACAAAAUACUUUACAGUGCUGACGAAUGCCAUUCACUAAUUAGUAAUUAAGCUUUUGUCUUCUUAGCAGAUGUAUAAAGCAAAAGAAGUCAUAUUAUACAACAAUAUUUUUAACGUUGCUAUUAAUGCACUAUCACAAGAAGAGAAGUGUAUCUGUGGCUAUGGAAAUAUUAGUUUUUUUGCCCUGACUUCUGUAGUCUAAUGUAGACACUUCGGUAUGUUUACAGUUCUGUUUAAGCUACAGUAGGAAUGCAGAAGCAUGCUAUUGAAAUUUUGUAUCACCUGGAUGAAGUUAAUGUUUUGCCAAGCAAUUAAAGUAAGUGUUGCUCAGAAACUCAUGGUGUAACAUUUUCUAGCCACAGAAAAUUCACACAGUCCCCUCACUUGACUCUGAAGAGAGAGCAGAAGAUUGGACUUCAACUUCUAAGCUUUUUGUUUGUGGUUAUAAAACACAAAAAUGAGUCUGCCAUCUUGCAGAGGGAGGCUGCAGGGAUUGAGUGCUGUCUGUUGGCUGGUGCAGGUACCCCUUUCAGAAGUUACAGGCGCAGGGCUGAGCUGAGCACAGAUCAGACACGGGCUCCUGAGCUUGCCCAAGCUCCAGGGAGAGGCUGUGGCUUUAGCUCUACUUCCCAUACAGACCACACUGGACCAUACUUGUAAGUCCAAGUAAUUAACUAAAUCCAAGUAAUUACCAAGUAAUCUAAGGCAGUAACCAGGCGGCAGGUUACUGAUUUUAGAGGUUUUCUGAAGCCAGUGAGUGUAUGGUAAAAGAAAGAGAAGCAUUUCCUGCUAAUUCCUUUCUAUACUGUGCCCUUCUUCAAAACUGUGAAGGACUUGAUAAAACAGGUGUGAUCUACCUACCUGUCUCUUCAGGUAAAUUUACUUACCCUUGCAGGCUGUACUUGGACUCUUUAAGGCUUCUGGCUGGCAAUUUUAUACUUGGCAAGCACACAGAGCAGUGGAGAUGAAGGGCAGCAGCACUCAAGAGGUCAGCAUCUGUCCAGAGCCCUGCCUGUCAAUCCUAGCUCUGGAUUACAUGCCCACAACCUGGAAAUGUAUAAAUUGGGAGUCAGACGGGUAAUGCAGGCUCAGGGCUCCGAAAGGAAAGCACCAUGGUGAGGCAGCAGGGUAAAGCCGCCUAAAUAAGGAACAGAAAUCCAAGCACUGGCUGAAGGGGAAGGGAAGCCUACUGUGGUAAUGGCCAACACUGGUUAUGGCUGUUCAAUUAAAACACCUUUGUAAGCAGCACUUUCUCUUAACGCAAAAAAUAAAUCCCCAACACAAAAGUGUUCUGUCAGUCUGUUCUGCCAGAAAAUGUUAAUAAAAUGUAAAUUUUUAAUGAAGCAUUUUUAGAUAUUUGUUUUUCCACUGACUGAAGCUCAGAGGCUUCAGUCUAUACAGAUGUGAGCCAUAACUCCUGCUCUCAACUGGGGUCAUUCCUCCUGUAGCCUGGAAUUCUGUCCUGUCCCUUCCCUGGUGCCAGUGGUGAUACCUAUUUACCUGAUGUGCUGCCAGGUUGUGCAACUCAGCCCCUCUGCAGAAAACCAUGCAUGUCUUGGAAUCACAACCUAAAACAAUCAGGCAUUGAUCUACUGCUGCCUGUCUAGCUAUGUGGAGAAAAUCCCCAGCUCAUGCAAGCAUUUUUAAAUUAUAUGAAAAAAAAAGAUACACCACAGCUUAAGGAAAGUGAGAACUGUUGCAAGCUAACAAUUAGAAGUAGUAUAACAUUUGACUAAACAAACCAGAACUUUUGCAGUUAGUAUUUUCCACCUGUAAUUCUUCUUUAUAUAUUGACUUUUAAAUACUAGUUUGAAUGUACUUCAUAAUAAACAUCUCUGGGGCUAAAAUCUCCCAUUUUCAUAACUAAAGACCUCCCCUUUUAAGUUUAAUUCAGCUACUACUGAAAAGCAACAUCUACAUACAAACCAUUUUUUAAAUGUUUGUUUGUUCUGCGCCAAUUUAUUUAUCCCAAAUUCUUUUUUUAAUCAUGAAUUUCAGUGAAAAUCCUUGGCACGGUACAUGAAGAGCUGUCAUUGUGAAUAUUAACAAUUUCAGCUACCACAGACAAAAUAAUCUGGCAUAUAUUUAGUUUUCAUUGCACUGGCAUUAACACAGCUGUCAUAAUUUUUGGUGCUUUCUGCUUUUCCUGCAGCACAUGCUACAUCAUCCAUGCAGUUCUUUAAUGUCCUUUGUGUCCAAGUGAUUUCCACUUCUGAGGGUAGCAAAACGGAGAAAUUGAUGGGGAAGGGGAAAAACAAAACUCCCGCUGUGAAAGACUCCUCCUUCAAACAUUACCAGGUUGCCAGCAAAGCCUGCCAUUCUAACCACAUUCUGGAAAAAACACUGUGUCUAUUUGCAAUAGAUAAAAAUUAAACUGUCAAUAAAAUGAUGAUCAGGAUUUUGCCAGCUUAAGUGUUCUCUGAAGUUCCUGAAGUUGCAUGUUGCCUUGAGUAAUCAUCAUCCUGAUUGCAUCCUGUAAAACAGAUUGGAAUCUAAUGAACUGUAUGUCUGUACACAGCGUGGGUUUUACACAAGCAUGCAGACUAUUAAUGCAUUAAAAUACAUACAACUCUUACUGGCACUACUGUCAUUUACUUCUUUGUGUGACCUAACACUGCUGUCUCUGAAAUGGUUAAAAACCAGGUCAAUAAAUGGAUUAAUUUUCUCCAGUUCUGUAA